AGUCUUUGUCUAGUUGCUCACGUGACGUCUUUCCUUUAAAAUCGUGCUGUUAGGAGAACGCAAUGGGACGUUACUCUCACGAGCCGGUAAACGCGACCAAAUCGUGCAAAGCACGAGGUUCAAACCUACGAGUGCAUUUCAAGAACACACAUGAAACAGCACGUGCCAUCAAGAAUAUGCCUCUGCGAAGGGCGCUGAAAUAUUUGAAAAAUGUCAUCGAAUACAAGGAGUGCGUUCCAUUCCGUAGAUUUAACGGUGGUGUCGGUAGAUGUGCUCAAGCAAAACAAUUUGGUACCACUCAAGGACGUUGGCCCAAGAAGUCGGCAGAAUUUUUGCUACAACUUUUAAAAAAUGCGGAAAGUAAUGCUGAUGUGAAGGGAUUAGAAAUCGACCGUCUCGUAAUAAAUCACAUUCAAGUAAAUCACGCGCCGUGUUUGCGUAGAAGGACAUACAGAGCUCAUGGUCGCAUCAACCCUUACAUGAGUUCCCCAUGUCACAUUGAAGUAAUUUUAACCGAGAAAGAAGAUUUCGUGAUAAAGAGCCCAGAAGAGGAACCUUCGAAAAAGAAACUGAGUAAGAAGAAGCUUGCAAGACAAAAGGAAAAAAUGAUGAGGGAAUAAUUUUACAUACUAGCUGGAUAUUGAAUGUACCAUGGAAAAUGAAGAUUACACUGUUCUCUAA